UUCUCUUUCUCUCAAAGAAAAAUUGUCUGUCAAAAUGGAGUUUUUGAGGAAGUGUUCACUUUGUAAGUUGUCACUUUUAUUGAUGUUUUUUGUGGUAUUUUCGUGCAACAAUGGGGUUAAUGCUUCACAUGAAGUUUUUAUGAAGUUACAAUCAUUAGGUGCUGUUAGUGUAAGAAAGAUUCAUAGAACUGGUUAUCAUUUUCAACCCCCUAGGCACUGGAUCAAUGAUCCUAACGGUCCAAUGUAUUACAAUGGAGUCUAUCAUCUAUUCUACCAGUACAACCCAAAAGGUGCAGUAUGGGGCAACAUUGUUUGGGCUCAUUCAAUAUCCACGGACCUGAUUAAUUGGAUCCGCUUAAAGCCCGCAAUCUAUCCAUCCAAAGUGUUUGACAAAUAUGGUACAUGGUCCGGGUCAGUCACUAUGCUUCCAGGUAACAAGCCCAAGCCCGUUAUCCUCUACACUGGAAUAGUGGAUGCCAAUAAUACCCAAGUGCAAAACUAUGCCAUACCUGCUGACUUGUCCGACCCAUUUCUCCGUAAGUGGAUCAAGCCCGAUAACAACCCGUUAGUAGUCGCUGACAAUAGCAUCAACAAAACCCAAUUUCGUGACCCAACAACAGCUUGGUUGGGCCGAGAUGGGCAGUGGAGAAUUGUGAUUGGCAGUGCCAGAAGGCAUAGAGGAGUAGCAUUAUUGUAUAGGAGUAGGGACUUUAUGAAAUGGACCAAAGCCCAACAUCCACUUCAUACAUCUGCCCAUACUGGAAAUUGGGAAUGUCCUGAUUUUUUUCCAGUAUCAUUGAAGCAUACAGAUGGUUUGGACACAUCAUCAGAUGGUGACAACAUUAAACAUGUUCUUAAAGUUAGUCUUGAUGUUACUAGGUUUGAGUACUAUACAAUUGGCACCUAUGACACAGAAAAAGAUAGGUACAUUCCGGACGAUACAUUGAUUGAUGGAUGGAAGGGCUUGAGACUGGACUAUGGUAAUUUUUAUGCAUCGAAAACUUUCUAUGAUCCUAGCAAGAAUCGAAGAAUUUUGUGGGGAUGGGCCAAUGAAUCAGAUGCUUCACCAGAUGAUUCUGUCAAGAAAGGAUGGGCUGGAAUUCAGACUAUUCCUCGCAAGUUGUGGCUUGAUCCUAGUGGCAAACAAUUGGUUCAAUGGCCUGUUGAAGAAUUGGAAACCCUGAGAAAGCAAAAGGUAGAGCUAAGAAAUCACAAAUUGGACAAGGGAGAAAAGGUUGAAGUUAAAGGAAUCACACCUGCACAGGCUGAUGUUGAAGUUACAUUUUCCUUUUCAAGCUUGGAAAAUGCAGAAGAAUUUGAUCCUAGUUGGGUUGAUCUUUAUGCCCAAGAUGUAUGUGCCAUUAGGGGUUCAACAGUUCAAGGUGGACUUGGGCCAUUUGGGCUUCUAACAUUAUCUUCUAAAAACUUGGAAGAGUACACACCUGUAUUCUUCAGAGUGUUUAAGGCCCAAGAUAAAUACAAGGUUCUCAUGUGCUCUGAUGCGUCAAGGUCAACCCUCCGGGAUAACAAGAAAAUGUAUAAACCAUCAUUUGCAGGAUAUGUUGAUGUAGAUUUAUCGGACAAAAAAUUGUCUCUAAGGAGUUUGAUUGAUCACUCAGUAGUAGAAAGUUUUGGUGCUGGUGGGAAAACAUGCAUUACAUCAAGGGUUUAUCCAACAUUAGCCAUUCAUGAUGAAGCACAUUUAUUUGCUUUCAACAAUGGCACUGAAACUAUCACAAUUGAGACUCUUGAUGCCUGGAGUAUGGAUAAACCCGAGAGAUGAAGUAAAAUAUUGAGAGAAAGGAAGGAAAUAUAACUGGUCUUCACUUUUUCUUCUCUUUUUUAUGUUGCCAUGUUUCUUCUUGAAGAGAACUUGUACAGAUUUGCUACUUCCUGUUAAUCAGGAAUAGCAUAUGCAUGAUAGUACAACCGAGUUAUCUUUUCUAUCAAAACUGAACUUAUGUCGUUUGGUAUAAAAUGUUAUGAUCUUCCCUA